UUCAAGCAGGCAACAUAACCCAGCACCAGAAGGCUUUAUGCAGAGGUCUGACCAGAGCAGAUUGCAAAGAAAGGAAUUGCCUUAGAAGACAGAAGAAGGAGGAAGAGGAAGACUGUUGUAGCGUUGUACAGCCUUGAUUUCUGGCUUUGUGAGAUUGGCUAGGGUGGAGCUUAGCAGAGAAAACUGAGCCCAAAUUAGGCUAGGGAAGACUCUCUUACAUAUUAUAAAAAGUAACCAAACACAUUUUAAACAAUCUCAGCCUAUUACUUAUAAAGUGACUUCUAACCACUUAAUUUUUAAAAUGCCUCUCUAGUCGUAAAUAUCAGUCACAUGCCUUCACCAUAGAAACAGGGAUGCUGAAUAUCUAUAGGCAAUAGAGUUUUAGCUUUAACUGAACAUUUUACAGCACCAUUCCCUUACUGUGAGAUUUACUUUGGAGCUUUAUUAAAACUGUGGCAGGGAGUUCCAUAGAUCCAAGUCUCAAAGUUUUGGAAUGGAUACACAAGUUGUUCUUCUACGGAAGCAUGCAGUGUUGUCAAAGGUAUCAGUAACUGUACUGGAUGGAUUCUGCUUCAGUAAUACAGUUCUUAGUUGCUAAAAGAAUGGGCCACUUUUCGAUGUAUAGACCUGAUCUCCAGCAGAUGUUGACUUUCCUAGGCUGGCAACCUCACGAUUUUAACAUGCAGUUUGUGAGUAACAAUUUCUCAUUGGUUCUUGAUGGCUUCAGGUCUUUUAGCUUCAAACGGUCACACCUGGAAGCAGCAGAGACGGUUUGCUCUAGUGACUCUGCGGAAGCUGGGACUGGGGAAGAAAGGCAUGGAGCACCAAAUACAAGAGGAGGCCCAGCAGCUGGUGGAGACUUUUGCAUGUGCAAAGGGGCAGCCACUUGAUCCUUCCUUGCCCAUCACCAAUGCAGUCUCCAACGUGACUUGUGCUGUGACAUUUGGACACCGGUUUUCUCUUGAAGAUGAAAAAUUCCAGAAACUGAUUGAAGCCAUUGAUGUUGUUUUAAAAUUUCCAGGCACCAUCUCUUAUGUUUUGUAUGAAAUGUUCCCAUGGAUCAUGAACCAUCUUCCAGGACCUCACAAAAAGACAUUCUCUGCCCAUGAGUUGGUGCUUUCACAUGCAAGGGAGGAGAUAGAGGAGCAUAAGGAGCAACAGUCCUUUCAUGAGCCACGGGAUUACAUAGAUUUCUAUCUACUUCAGAUGGAGAAAAGCAGGAAUGACCCAAACUCUACUUAUGAUGAAGAGAACCUGGCUCAGUGCAUUCACGAUUUAUUAUUCACGGGAACAGAGACAACCUCCGCUUCUCUGAAAUGGGCACUUCUCCUCCUGACAAAUCAUCCAGAUAUCCAAGAUAAAGUCUACAAGGAGAUAGAAGAUGUUUUUGGUUCAUCACGCUCAAUCUGCUACCAAGAUAUAAGGGAACUGCCCUACACUAACGCUGUGAUUCACGAGAUGCAGCGUUCAAAAUAUAUCCUCUACUUUGGAGGACCAAGGCAAUGUACAAAGGAUGUGAAAUUGAACGGUUAUCUCAUUCCCAAGGGAGCAUAUAUUCUUCCAAAUCUGCGCUCUGUUCUUCUCGAUCCGGAGCUGUGGAAGACUCCUGAAGAGUUCAACCCAAACCAUUUUUUGGACAAGGAUGGGAAUUUUGUAGAUAGAGAAGAAUUUCUGAUAUUUAGUACAGAAUUCAAUGAAAAGAAUGUGCCAAAUGGCGUCCAGAGCUCUGGAUCCAGGCGAAGCGAUCCAAAAUGGAGAGAACCACUUCACUUCAAUCCAGAGGUCCCUAGACCCAAUCCGGAUCAAUACUUAGCAGGGGCUCGGGUGUGUUUGGCGGAGCAGCUGGCAAGAAUCGAAAUCUUCAUCUUCUUGACCAGCCUGCUGAGGGCUUUCAGGUUCCAGCUUCCAAAAGGAGUGAAAAAACUCCGUCCAGAUCCUAUAAUAGGGUUCACAGUCUAUCCCCAUCCUUAUAAAAUCUGUGCUGUUCCCCGUUGUUGCUAAUUAUAAUCUUAUAAAUGUAUUUACAAUAGUUCACUAAUUACCACAAAUUUCUCACUCCUUACUUUUCUGUUAAGAAACUCCCACGUUGACUUUGCUGUUCAUCCACACAUGCUAAAUUCUUUCUGUGUAUGAUUGGAGUGAGCUGGCUGGGCUAAUCAAUGCAUCCCCCAUCUCUCCAGGCCAUAGUAGGGGCUUAGUGAAGGCAAAUAGAAUUUUUAGCACACACUUGCCAGCCCAGAAUUUAGCUUGAACCACGAUUGCAGCUACCUGGGGUAGAGCAGACAGGGCUUUCCUGGAGCAGAGAGCCAUUGAACGACCCUAAGUUGCAGGAGGCAGAAGAAGAGCUAGAGAAGGAGAGCAAGGGGAGGAGGAUGUGGAGAGUGUGAGGUGAGGGAGAGGGUGAAGAGAUGUACUUGUGAAUAUUCCAGCCAGUGUGUCUUGACAAGACUAUACUUACCUCUUAAUCCAUGCUUCAGAGAAUCCAAAAGAAAUUGACUUAAUAGGAACUUUACCCAGUCGUCAUGUCCACAGAUGUGGGACCCUUGGAAAUAGGCAAAUGGUUCCACACAAGACUUAGGUGGUAGUCAUUUAUUUCAGCGAUCUGUCUUUGCUGGCAGCCACAAGCAGACUUGCUUUUGCCCUGCCAGGCUGGUACAAAACCUGGUAUGGAUUAUCUGUACUUAAUGCAGGUCAUUCAGAAAUUCUGGCCUGGCUCAAAGAAUGGCUCAUCACCAACAUUACACCAGGGAUGAAACUGGUGAGCCAAUAAAAUAUACCUCUUUCAAUUUUCUUGUUUAUCUAUUAUUUCUGAGCCUCCCAGUAGAAUAACGUGGGUUUGACUGUCCCUUACCCGAGGCAAGCUGACAAUUAUGAAACUAGGCACUUUGUACUCUGUGCCUUUCAAAGAUGGGGGAGGGGACCGUUUUCAUCAAAUACAUUUUUUGGUACCAUUUAUUCUCUCCAUUUCUACUGCAGCCUGCAUGCACACCUAAAUUUACUCUUCUCUUCACUAUCUUUGCCUUUGCACAUGUGUUGAGGAAUUCAAGCAGAUGGGCGUGUGGGCUUCAUCUGUGCCCACCCUGUUUAAUGUAUUGCUUUUAGCCUGUUUUCUUUUAAUUAAAGAUCUAUGCUUUCAGCUGUAACUGAAGUCAUAUUAAGUAAGGCACCCACUUCUGCCACACAACUGGAUGUGUUGAAAUAUUAGUCACCAGAGUGUGCGCCCACAAUUGGGAAAGGUGAGGGGUGUGGUGGCUUAUUUGAAAAAGCAAGCUAACAGCAAAUGAACUGAUGGUCAUGUUUCUCAAUAAUCGUGUACGGGUUGUUUUUCAGUCCUUGGAAACAUUGCACUCUGCACAUGCAUAAAAUCCUUCUUUUACUUGGUUGAAAGGCUUACCUAUUUUAUGAUUGGUGUAUUGUAUAAUGAAGUUCUGCCUUGUUUCUAAGUACGUUACCCUAUAAGUAAGUUAGCCUUUCCUGAAAAUAAUGGGCAGUUCCUCAGAUCCUCUGCCACUUUGCAGUGAUGCAUGAUGCUCAUAAUAAACUUUUCUAAAG